AUGGGUGUCCGUCUUUUAGUCCGAAGAGCCCGAACGGUCUUUAGUCGUAUGGCGGCUUCUGACGCUGGAAGCUCGGAAGAGACAACCCCAUCGGAUGGACCAACCGCCGAGGGAAGAAAGACGGCUUCUGCCCGUGACGAUGAAGCUCAGCGACCGGAAGUGCCGGCGGAAGACCUCCAGCAUGGUGUCAGAGAUAUCGAGGCUAUCACCAUGACCUGGUCCAAGCGAACCUUGAUUCUGGUGUUCAUAAAUAUCUGGUUCCUGUAUUUUGUCAACGCCUUCCAAUCCUCCGUUUUUGCCAGCUUGAGCCCCUACGUCUCGAGCUCUUUUACGGCCCACUCACUGUCCGGCGUGCCUACUGCGCUAGCAGAUGCUUUUUCGGCAGCAAUCUAUAUCCCGGUUGGAAAGAUGAUGGAUACUUGGGGCCGUGCGGAAGGAUUCCUGCUGAUGACAUGCUUCGCUACGCUGGGGUUGAUUCUCUUGGCAUCUUGCAACAGCUUUGCCAUCUACUGCACUGCAUAUGUCUUCUACUAUAUUGGAUUCAGUGGCAUGGAAUAUGCUAUUGAUGUGAUGACGGCCGAUGCUUCCAAAUUGAAGAACCGAGGAUUGGCAUUCGCCUUCACCUCGUCGCCGUACAUCAUUACCGCAUUUGCUGGAGCAAAGGUAGCAGACGAGUUCUACUAUCAGGUCAGCUGGCGAUGGGGCCUGGGCUGUUGGGCUAUUAUCUUCCCAAUUGUGGCGGCGCCUUUGUACUUCAUGCUGAAGAACAAUCUGCGCAAAGCGGAAAGGGAAGGACACCGGGUCGAGGGAAAGAGUGGUCGCACCUUUUUGCAAAGCGUGUGGCACUGGACUAUGGAGUUUGAUUUGCCUGGCGUUUUCAUGUUCACAGCUGGACUGGUCCUCUUCGAGCUUCCUUUCGAUAUCGCAAGCGAAGCGCCCAACGGCUGGGGUUCGAAUUAUAUCAUCGCUAUGCUUGUUAUUGGCUUUUCGAUGCUGUUUUUCUUUGCUAUAUAUGAGAAGUGGGUGGCCCCGGUGCCUCUGCUUAAUAUUGUCUUUCUCACCGACCGAACCGUUAUCGGUGCCUGUCUUUUGGAUGCCACCUACCAGCUUUCUUACUACUGCUGGAACAAUUACUUCACCUCUUUCUUGCAGGUGGUGAAUGGUCUGACGAUCGCUGAGGCUGGGUAUGUGAGCAACACGUUCGAUGUCGUCUCUGGUGUGCUACUUCUCUUCGUCGGUUGGACGAUCCGAAAGACCGGUCGUUUCAAGUGGCUACUAUACAUCUCCGUUCCAUUGUAUAUCUUUGCACAGGGAUUGAUGAUUUAUUUCCGCAAGCCUAAUAUGGGCGUCGGAUACCAAAUCAUGUGCCAGAUUUUCAUCUCGAUCGGCGGGUCAAUUUUCAUCAUCGUUGAACAGAUUGCCAUUUUAGCCGCCGUUGACCACCAACACGUUGCUGCCGCAUUGGCUUUGCUCAAUGUCGUCGGCACUAUCGGCGACAGCGCAGGAUAUACGAUCUGUACUGCUAUUUGGACCAACACCUUCCCUAAUGCUCUCCAAAAAUACCUCCCAGAAUCGGCCAUGUCGAACUUUGAAAACAUUUACGAAGACAUCACUGUGCAGACGGGCUAUCCCCUUGGAGGCGAGGUUAGGCUUGCUAUUCAGAAGGCCUAUGCCUACGCCGAAGUCCGUAUGCUUUCAACUGGUUUGGGUAUCAUGGGUCUGGCCAUUGCCUGGACGAUCUUGAUCCGAGAUAUUGAUCUCAAGAAGACUGCCCAGGUCAAGGGUACCGUCUUCUGA